AUGAAUUACGCUCGGUUCAUCACCGCCACGAGCGCGGCCAGAAAGCCUUCUACCAUCCGACUCAUGACUGAAAUAUUGAGCAAGGCACCGAAAUCUGUCAUCUCCUUGGCAACUGGGGCACCAAACCCCAACACGUUCCCUUUCAAGACUGCGGUUAUCACCAUAGAAAAUGGAAAACCCAUCCAAUUUAAUGAACAGAUGAUGAAGAGAGCACUGCAGUAUUCUCAGAGUGCUGGAAUCCCAGAGCUGUUAUCCUGGCUAAAACAGUUACAAGUAAAAUUGCAUAAUCCGCCCACCAUCCAUUAUGCACCCAGCCAAGGACAGAUGGACAUAUGUGUCACAUGUGGCAGCCAACAAGGUCUCUGUAAGGUGUUUGAAAUGAUCGUUAAUCCUGGAGAUAAUAUCCUUGUAAAUGAACCUAUUUAUUCAGGAACAAUUCAUGCUCUGCAACCCCUGGGCUGCAACAUGAUUAAUGUUUCCAGUGAUGAGCACGGGAUUAUUCCAGACUCCCUCAGAGAAAUACUUUCCAAAUGGAAACCAGAAGAUUCAAAGGACCCCGAGAAAAACACCCCCAAAUUUCUUUACACUGUCCCAAAUGGCAACAACCCUACUGGGAACUCGUUAACAGCUGAGCGCAAAAGGGAAAUCUAUGAGCUCGCAAGAAAAUAUGACUUCCUCGUCAUAGAAGAUGAUCCUUACUAUUUCAUGCAGUUCAACAAGCCCUGGGCACCGACAUUUCUCUCCAUGGAUGUGGAUGGGCGUGUCAUCCGAGCUGACUCUUUUUCCAAAGUCCUGUCCUCGGGGUUGAGAAUAGGGUUUAUAACUGGUCCAAAACCCUUGAUUGAGAGAAUUGUUUUACACAUACAAGUUUCAACAAUGCACCCCAGCACUUUUGCUCAGCUCCUGGUCUCACAGCUUCUAUACCAAUGGGGAGAAGAGGGCUUCCUGGCUCACAUAGACAGGGUUAUUGAUUUCUACAGGAAGCAGAGGGAUGCAUUAAUGGCAGCAGCAGACAAGUGGUUAAGUGGUUUGGCAGAAUGGCAUGUUCCUACUGCAGGAAUGUUUCUGUGGGUUAAAAUUAAGGGCAUUCAUGAUGUAAGAAAAUUGAUUGAAGAAAAAGCCUUUAAGAAAGAGGUAUUCAUGCUUCCGGGAUGUGGUUUCUACAUUGAUAGUUCAGCUCCUUGCCCCUACUUCAGAGCAUCCUUCUCUUCAGCUUCUCCAGAACAGAUGGACUUGGCCUUUCAGAGAUUGGCCCAACUUAUAAAAGAAUCUUUAUGA